CAAUCGGUGGAGUACUCGUUCGCGAGGAGCGGAUUCGCCAACGAGUGCGAGCUCGCGCUCAACGCGCAAAUCAACGUCGAGUACAACGUGUCGUACAUCUAUCACGCGAUGUGGGCGUAUUUCUCGAGAGAUAACGUCGCGCUGAAGGGAUUCGCGGAACACUUCAAGCGCGAGGCGCUGGAGGAGCGCGAGCACGCGGAACAGUUGAUGGAAUACAUGAAUCUGCGCGGCGGGCGCGUCGAGCUGCAGCAACUGUUGCCGCCGCAGAGCGAGUACGAUCAUCCGGAGAAGGGAUGCGCGCUGUACGCGCUCGAACUGAGCCUGAGCUUGGAAAAGUUAAACAACGAUAAGCUGUGCGAGCUGCAUCGCGUGGCGGACGACGCCGGGGACGCGCACAUGUGCGAUUUUCUCGAGGGCGAGAUGCUCGCGCCGCAGGUGGAGAGCGUUCGCGAGGUGAGCGAGAUGGUCGCCACGCUCCUGCGCAUGGGUCCGCCGGGCGACGGCAUGGCGGCCUGGCACUUUGAUCAAACUUUA